AUCUGCAGCUGGUAAAUAACUUGCUGUAUGGAUGGUAGCAAGUCGUGGGGUUUGUUCCACAGUGAAAGCUGAGGUGGGGCUGGAAGGAAGAAGGACGUGGGAGGAACAGUAACAUCCUUAGCUGAUCAGCAAAUGAGCAGGGGUCCGGUGGUCGUGACCGUUGUGGCCUCACCGUCCUCGCCCAGUGACUUGCGACUCGUCACCAAUCACGGCGGAGUCCAUCAAGCCCACGCUCUGCAGGGUCGUCAUCUACCUACAGAAGGAGAUGUCGGGGGACACGUGUCUAACCACCACCCUUUGUCCAGCUGCAGGGCCCAAGCCCAAAGCUUGCAGCUUCAAAGGGGGCAGCCUCGGUAACAAGUACGUGCGGCUAAACGUCGGGGGCUCCUUGUACUACACUACAGUGCAGGUACUGACCAGGCACGACACGAUGCUGAAGGCCAUGUUCAGCGGCAGAAUGGAAGUGCUCACGGACAAGGAAGGUUGGAUCCUUAUAGACCGCUGUGGGAAGCACUUUGGAACAAUUUUAAACUAUCUCCGAGAUGACACAAUUGCACUUCCAAAACACAGACAGGAGAUCAAAGAGCUGAUGGCAGAAGCCAAGUAUUAUCUCAUUCAGGGCUUAGUGGACAUGUGCCAAGCAGCCCUGCAGGACAAGAAAGACUUGUAUGAACCUGUCUGUAACAUCCCUAUUAUCACAUCUCCAAAAGAAGAGGAGAGACUGAUAGAAUCAUCAAUGAAACCCGUUGUUAAGCUACUCUAUAAUAGAAGCAACAACAAAUACUCUUAUACCAGUAAUUCAGAUGACAACUUACUGAAGAACAUAGAACUGUUUGACAAGCUCUCUCUCCGAUUCAACGGCAGAGUUCUUUUCAUUAAGGAUGUCAUAGGGGAUGAAAUCUGCUGCUGGUCUUUCUACGGACAGGGUCGGAAACUUGCUGAAGUUUGUUGCACCUCUAUAGUGUAUGCCACAGAGAAGAAGCAAACCAAGGUUGAAUUCCCCGAGGCACGAAUUUAUGAAGAAACUCUAAAUGUCUUACUGUAUGAAACACCACGGGUUCCUGAUAAUUCUCUGCUGGAAGCAACGAGCAGGAGCCGAAGCCAGGCCUCUCAUAGUGAGGACGAUGAUGGUUUUGAACUUCGUGACCGAGUGCGCCGAAUCCAUGUGAAGAGAUACAGCACCUAUGAUGACCGUCAGCUGGGCCACUAGCAUAUCAGCCAAGGAGAAAGGGUUUGGAUUCGAGGCUUCUAUCAAUAUUCUUUGAGGGAGAUCAGAAAGUAGGGAGGGGACGGUUGGCCUCUGUGGACUGAUCUUCCAUUUGGCUUCUUGUUUCCCUAGAGAAGCAAAUGGGCAUUUGUACACACAAAGCAACACUAAAGGCCAAGGGCUUUGAGAACUAACUAAAAUGUUUGUUUUGCACCAUGUUUUUUAAAUACGGACUGGCCCCCUUUUCAUGCGACAUGAGGAAUGGAAUCUGAAACACUGAUUCUGACAGUCUGUGGUUGCUCUUUUAAAUCUGAUGACUUGCCAGAUAUCUUACUUCCUGUGAGAAGUACUCUUUUUUCCUAGUGAGAUGGUGUGAUUUGAAAAUCUUUUUCCAGGUAUUUGUUGUCUUAGGGUUUGGUGUAACGGAACUUCCUGUUCCAAAAUCAAGAUACUGAAGAGGGGGUGGGCAGAACUCAAACAUGACUACUUUUAAUAAACACUACAUCUGAUAACCCUUGGUGAAAUAUCUAGCUAUCCAAUAGCCAGAUGCACUGCAUGUGCAAUAUCUUCCACCUGUUUUUUCCCCCAGUGCACAUACAAAAGAUUGUGUUCAAAAAUAGCUGUCUUUAAAACUCAUGAAUUCUAAGGCAAGCUCUUCUGAAAAGGUAAGAGUUGAGUCAUGUAAAAAUGAGAACCUUUAGAAGACAUAUAUUUAUGGAGUAACUCGUCAUGGGAGCUUGAGAAAUAGGUAUGGUGAAGGAAGAAACUUUAUCCAGUUAGAAAACUUCAAGAAUAGAUUGUGGCAGGCGUGGCAGUGUUACGGACUGUGAUGCUGUAACCCUGGUUAUGGAAACAAUGUCAGUCUGCGGAAUUAGUUUCCUCCUGUAGCCCAAAAGUGCUAUUUGAUGUUCAAGUUCUCAAGCAACAGGGAAAAAGUUGCAGUGACUGGGGAAGUACAGACUAAAUGUUUGUAAUGCUAGGUAAUAUUCGCAUACUGAAGAGUGAAUUUAAGUUUUGUUCUCUGAAUCACUUCUAUGUCUAGACGUUGAAGUGGAGAGAGAAGAAUAAUAAUAAAAAUCUUGUUUUAGCAUAAAACUGCAACAGGUUGUGUACAAAGGAGAGAUGGUUUAUACUGAAUUUUAAACUGAAAUGUCAGCUUUAUUCUGAGUGCUUGGUGGAUGCUAAUUUUAAGGGACUGCUUAGACUAUUGGAGUCAAGGCUGUUCUGCAAAUUGGGUCUCUGGAAAGAGUUUCAAGUUUAGUAUGGGAAGUCGCUAAUGUCUUAAAUGUUUGAUUGUAUAUUUCAGGUGUAGGUUGCAGAUUCAAAUUUUACCACUGUCAUAAAUAGUUAUUACUUGGUGCUUGCUCAUUGGCACCUAUGGAUACGUGACAGGGGUGGAGCAUGCUCCACAGCUGCUUUUCUUUCUAUUGUACGUGAAUGUGGAAGCUUCAGAUUCCACAGUGGUUAGUCUUGAACUCCUUUGACCAGUGCCAAACGUUUAUAUAAGUUUUAAAGCAAAUUUAAUGCAAAAGUCAAGCGAAUACAGUGAAGUCAUAACUAAAACUGGGAUGGUAGAUGGCUUGGUAGUAAUAGAAGCAGGGGAGGGAACCAAACAGUGAUUUCCAUUCAAUUAAGCUUUUGAAAAUGAAAUUGUUGAGGCUUGGUAAGAAAAUACUAACGGCUGCAAGCUUCCAGGGUUUUUAUUGCCUAGCUGGGACUCUGUGAAAGGCACUCGCUCAAUUCUCCUUGCAUUCAGGAAGCAGUGUUGCCACAGUAAUGCACUUGCCUUUUUGUGAAAGGCCUCGGUAAAACUCUAAAAAACUCUUUUCUUUUUAUAUUACUUUCUGCAAAUUGUUGCUUUCCAGCUCGUGCCUGUGAAAAUACAGCUGCUGAGAUUAGUUUUGACAAAGACUUUUUCUUUAAUUGUGCUAAAGUGUGGUGUGGAUUUGUUUUUUUCCGUUUUUUGUUGUUGUUGUUGUUUUUCCUCCACUGAUACUAUUUAAAUUAAAUUGUGGUGGGUGCUUUGAAGCUACCAGCAGAGGCUGUACUGAUAGGUCUUUUUUCUAUACUUAACAGCUUCAUUUUUUUCUCUUGUACUUUUUUCCCUAUCUUGCAACAAAUAAGACGUGCCAUAAAUGUGAAUUUUAAAUGGCAUUCUAUUUCCUGGCAAAUGAUUUAUAUUAUUUUUUUCAUGUUACCGUAAUAGUGAAUGUUAGCAGGUUAAGUAAAUGAUGCUGGUAGCCUUGCAAAAUUGUUUAAAAGAAUUUAUAAGCAGAAAAAUGUCAUCUUUGUGCCACUUUUAAGUUCAGGUUUGGGAAGGAGGAUGCGAAAGAACGGGAGUGCCCAAUCAGUCUGCAGGUCCAGACGCUUUCAUUCAGUGAUUGAGUUCUAUACUCCCAGUAUUCCAUAAGAGACUGAUUCAAAUUGUGAAAGACUGUGCUACAAGCUGCAGAGAAAAGCCUGUGUUUUGAUGUAGCAAGUUUUCUUUUCCCUGUAUCCUGUAGCCAACAAGUAUUAUUUUCUGAUUUAUGAUUAAUUUUUAAAACAAACCUUUUUGCGAACCAUCUGGUGUUGUGAGAACGCUCUUAAAAAGUGUAAAAUAACUUCUUCCUCUUUGAGGAAUGUGGAACAUCAGAACUGUAAGCGGUUAUGAUUUUUUUUAAAUGAUUACAGAUACCCUUUUCAUUUCACCACCUUCUCUCAUUGCCAUUUAUUCUUCCUUUUCUACCCCCAGUUAGUACUGGUUGCAAAACAUCUGCUUUUAAGUUAUGAAUAAAACUGGAAUGAUUUUAAAUAACAUUUGGCCACUGUAGCCAGAACACUGACAGGCUGUAAGCUUUACUCAGUAAUAAUGUAAUUUUAUAAACACUGAAGCUUUGUCUAUUUAAAAGACAUUUUAAAACCACAGUCUUGGUUUUUGUCCUAGUAAGAUUUUCAGGAUGUGGCUGAGAGAUCCUAGAUAAAUAUCUGUGGUUGGAUGUUACUAACAGUCCUACAGUUCUCUCCACUGGUGGACAGAUAGGAUAGAAGAACAUCAGGAAAUCCUCUGCAUAGGUAUGUUCUGGGACACUUGCACACGGCUAAAUGAUUGUGCUAUUAGAGAUCCCCUUCCUAAGUAGGGAUGCUGUGCUUGCAUGUUCCUGAUACAAUGUGGAAUGCCCUGGGUUAUUUCUUACCUGGUGGGUUACAGAAUUGGACGAGUUGCAUGAAAUCUCAAGUCCAAAUGUAGACAUGGAUGCUGCCAUCACUUAACGUAGUUCAUAGGUCAAACUUUUUUUCUAAAACCACUUUAUGUUCUCUUAAGAGUCCUGCUUAGCUGAAACUGCUCUCAUACUGAAUGUUAAUUGAAUGUCCAUUCCACCAAAAUCAUGGCGUAUUGAUUGCACAGUCUGACUGCCAGGUUCCGAUAACUUUUAACACUGCAGCUUUGAUGUAGUAUGUGCUUUGUAUUCUCAUCUUAAUCUUCCUUUACUUAGUUGCAGGGUAUCCAUUGUUUUGACAAGAACACGUUCAUUUUUACAACCUCAACGAAUAGAGAAAAAGCAGCACUGAAAAGGCUAAUGCAGCUUUAAAAUGCAGCAUUUGCUUAUUUGUAGGAAGCUGUCCACUUCUAGAGCAAACAGCUGUGCUUCCUAGGAUGCUGUGCUUUCCACUCUGCUGGCUUUACAUAUCGUAAAUUAUGAUCACCAUUAAGACAAUAUAGAUUUCUAAUUACAUGCAUUUAUGUCUGCAAAUUAAGAGACUUGUAACAGCCUUCUACAUAAACCACCAGUGGAUGUGUUUACUGAUGUGACUGAAUUUAAAGUAGCCUUUAGGAGGAAGAAAUGCCUUUUUGCCUCAUCGGUAACCUCACUGUCCUCUUUGCUUUGAAUUUAAGUAAACUUUGCACAUUCAAAUAUAGUAUUAGCAGACUGAGAGUAUGAAUGGAAAACAGUAACUGACAUCUGUACACAAGCACUGUAAUAAGGGGUUGCGUGUUUCUCUAAUGGGGUCCUAACAUAUUGAAAAACAGCCUCAGCCUUUCAACGGAGAAGGAGACUUGGUGCCUUGAGUGAGUAUCUUAUGUUAAACGGUUCUUCAAUAUCAGUGUUAAUUAGGCAAUAAUGUCAAAAGAGAGAGCUCUGCAGGGUGGCAGUCUCCAACUGCUUGAUAAAUGCCAAGACAAAACUAAAUGUUUAACCUUCACCUUGACAUUUAGUUUUUGGAUUGGGAGACAUUUAUCCUAUUGUAACAUUCCAUUCUGAUGACUUUUCUCUCUUAAAAUUCUUGGUUAAAAAUUAAAGGGAAAAAAAAAAGCUGACCCAAGCUUGGAGGCCACUGAAGAGACUGAUAACAUGCUGUUAUUGAAAAACAGCCUUUUGCUUGGAACAGGCAAUGCUCGUUGUGGUUUGGGUGAGAUUUUAUUUGGUUUUAAAUUCUCAGACGUAAUUCACUCUUAGAAAUACUGAUGAGGUAUACCUUAACUGAAUGUGCCUGGCCCAGGAGCCCUUCUUACACAAUUAGAUUAUAUCCUCUGACAAUCCUUGGCAUGAAACCUUAACAGCCAAAUCUCAUACCAUCCAUUCUGUUAGGAUAACUGAGGUUUUAUUAAAAGAUGAGGGGGCACGACCUCUGUUUCUAGCUUUGCCACUAACUUGAUGACAUACAGCGAGUCAAUUUUUCUGUAUGUGCAUAAUUUUUCCUCCUCUGUAAUAAAGUGGGGGUAAGGCCUUCCCCUACCUCAGAGGGAUGCUGAAGCUUAGUUUGUUUUAUAAUAAUAAAGCACUUUGGAUUUCUAUAAUAUUUUGUAUCCAGAGGGUAGUAAAUACUAUUGUUGUUUAAACUCAUUCUGUGAUCAAGCUGUUUUCUUAUAGCAUCAGGCUUUGUUUUAUUUUUGUCUAACUUUUAAAGGUCAGCUUUAUGAAUAAAAUAAUUAAUGAAGGUAACCAUAUUAACUAUGGAAUAAGGUGUUUUAUCAUUGCAGUAAAUGGAACACCAUUUUUAAUAAAGUGUUAUAUUUUGUCUUCCUUGA